CAACAAGCCAAAAAUUCGACAAAACAACAACAAUUUUCUAACAGCAACUGUGUAUUCUGUGUAAUAAUAAAAUGGAAGAUUUUGAGGCAGAGUUACGGACAGUGCGACAGGAGCUACAGACUGUGGAGUGCCAGCUUGAGGAUCUUCUACAGAGGCAGACUGACCUCCUUGACAGGGAAACACAGCUAGAGGCUAUUAUCACGCAGGCCAACAAAACUGACAGUGCUGACAAUAAAUGGGAAUCUAAUGAUUUCCCUUGGUCAGGCAAAUUGAAGGAAACUCUCAAGUCUGUGUUUAAGAUUGGAAAUCUACGACCUAUGCAGUUGCAGACAAUGAAUGUUACAAUGUCGGGGAAGGACUGCAUUCUCAUCAUGCCCACUGGAGGAGGGAAAAGUCUCUGUUUUCACCUGCCGGCUUUGUUGUCUAAGGGUGUGACGCUGGUGGUUUCCCCACUUGUGUCUCUGAUGGAGGACCAAGUGAUGUCCCUGCAGUCGUACAAUGUUGACGCCACCAUGCUGAAUGCCGCCUCUGACAAAAAUACUGUAAAACAGGUCCAAGAAGCCAUGGUUGACCACAACGCCAGCCUAAAGCUGCUAUAUGUUACACCCGAGAAGCUGGCAAAGAGUAAGAGAUUCAUGGCUCGUUUGGAGAAGAUGUACAAGGCCGGAAGAUUCGCUCGCCUUGUGAUUGACGAGGUCCACUGCUGCUCACAAUGGGGGCAUGACUUUAGACCUGACUACAAGUUCCUGGGAAUAAUGAAGCGCCAGUUCCCUGAGGUCCCCAUCCUGGGCCUUACCGCCACAGCAACCAGCACCGUCCUGGAGGAUGUGAAGAAGAUCCUCAACAUUGAACACUCUACCCUCUUUAGAGCCUCCUUCAAUAGACCAAACCUUUUUUACGAGGUUCGUGCUAAGUCAGGUGUUCAUAAAGAAGUCAUGGAUGACAUCCAAAAACUCAUUGACACAAAGUUUUCUAAGCAGUCAGGUAUAAUCUACACAUUUUCCAAGAAAGAGUCCGGGGAGGUGACUGUGGACCUGCAAUCGCGGGGGAUUAAGGCGGGCUGUUACCAUGCCGACCUCAGUGCCCAGGAGAGAAGCAGGGUUCACCGUGCCUGGAUUGCCAACCAUGUACAUGUGGUUGUGGCUACAGUGGCAUUUGGUAUGGGCAUAGACAAGCCGGAUGUGAGGUUUGUGAUUCACCACUCGUUGAGCAAGUCCAUGGAAAACCUCUACCAGGAGAGUGGGCGGGCAGGUCGGGAUGAGAAGCGGUCCCACUGCAUCAUAUAUUACCGCCUGCAGGACGUGUUCCGACAGAGCACCAUGGUGAUGACAGAACAGACAGGCCUAACCAACCUGUAUGGCAUUGUUGCGUACUGCGUGGACGCUAAGAAGUGUAGGCGGAGUGUUAUAGCUCGGUACUUUGGUGAGGUGUGGGACAGCAGCCAGUGUAACCGAAUGUGUGACCACUGCGAUAACCAGUGUGAGGUAGAAAAGAAGGAUGUUACCAAGCUCUGCUCCAGUGUCCUUCAGAUACUGGACAAGGCGUCAGCAGCAGACAGUAAACUGACGGCAUCUAAAGUGCUGGAUGCCUGGCAGGGCAAGGGUCCGCCAAUAAAUAGGGUCAAGGAGACCGAGACAGGCGAAGAUAGAAGUCGUCUAGAGGUGAUACUGACUCACAUGUUAUUGAAGCAGUAUUUACGUGAGGACUUCCACUUCACCCCGUACUCCACCAUCAGCUACAUUAUACCAGGACGAAAGGCGAACUUACUAUGCACUGGAGUUGACACAGUGCACAUUGAGCUGAAAGGAGCAAGAAAAUCCAUGCAGUCAGUUCCUUCUUUGAAUUCGAAGCAAUCUCAGAACUCGAGUCACUCUGCUAAUUCAGAACAAAGUCAGUCAGAAGGGAGAUCUAGCAAGCCAGAGUUGGUGUUUGUGAAUAAGGAGAAAUCUGCUUUUACUGAUAUGAAAUUUACUUCACCUAACGGUAGUCAAGACAGACAGGAUGCUAGAGGUUCAGGGGAACCGCAGACUAACAAACCUUCUGGGUGUGAGAGGCAGAAAUCUGGGAUGAAAAGGAGUUCUUCUGAUAAAAACUCUCUCAAACUUAAAAAGAAAAGAGUAAUUGUGUGUGAUAGUGACUCUGAUGAUUUAGACUUUGGAAAUAGUUCUUCCAGUGUCGAAGACAAAGUCAAAAUUGUUAAAAGAUCUUCAAAAGGUGGUGAUAGAGUAAGAAAAAGUGACAGUACUACAACAGAUCUGAGCCAAGGAGCUGUUGUAAUCGAUUCUGAUAGUGACUGUGGUAUUGUUACAUGAGUAUUUUAAAGAAACAAAAUCAUGUUAUAUUUAAAAGUGCAAGAAAUUAAAAUUAUUAAAUUCUCAUCUUUAUGCCCCCACAAAAAUGUGGGUGGGGGAGCAAUAUAGAUAUGCCCUUGUCUGUGAUUCCAUCAGUAAGUAUAAUGCAAACUUGUGUCAGUCAAAACUCUCACCUAGACUCAAGAAACCUUGGUGAUAUGUUAUUUAGGUGAUGAAGUUUUGCAGUUCCAAAACUAUAUUUCCUAGAGUCAUGAAUCCUUAGGAGAAUGUUGUUCAGGUGAUGGAGUUUUGCACCUGGUGUUUUGUUUUCUGCUGCACUUUGUGAAACCAGAGUUAUGGCCCUUGAAUUGGCAUAAGUUGGCAUUUCUGGACUCUCAAUACUCUUAAACAAUUUCACCUGGAGUCAAGAAACCUUUCAGGGUGAUAUUUAGGUGAUGAAGUUAUGCACCUGGGGUUUGGUUUCCCGCUGCACUUAAUAAAACCAAAGUUAUGCCUCUUAAAUUAGCAAGAAAGGGCAGUUUUGGACUUUUUCGACUGGUGGUGCUCAUAACUUCAACACUCAUGAGAUCAGGAAGGACUUCAAUAUUUAUAAGUUCUGGAGCUCAUAAUUUUGUUUUAUGGAGAAUGGACGAAAUAAUGGCCCUUGCUUUUGUGAGCAGUGCAGCAUUUGCAAGCACCCGUGUCCUAUAAACCUAUUUCCAGUCAAUAAUGAUUAUGUUGAGAAAAACUGUGUUUGAAGCUAGAUCAUGUACAUGGUAAUCUUUUUUACAAUCAACUUAUGUUUGAUUCAUGUUUAUGAUUGUUUCUAUUAAAAAAAAUGUAAGCUUUAGAAAAUAAAUGAAGUUUG